AUGUCUUUGUUUGACUUGUCAAAUAACAAUAGUGGGCAUGGCGGCGACCUCGACGACCAAUCGCUCACCUGUCUUCUUCAAUCAAACGUAUCAACGCCAUCCUCUGCAGCAACACCCUCUCCUCCACAGUAUAUCAUCAACUAUCAACAACAACAACAACAACAACAAAAUCAAUCACCCUCUUCAUCAUCUUCUUAUCAGGACAAUAACAACAACAACAGAGACUAUGUAAAUAAUUUAAAUCACAAUGGUAAUAGAUAUGUUGGAAAUAAUAUCAGUGAUCCCAUAUCGGCACUCCAUGAUAUGCAACAGCAACAACAACAACAACAAUUCAUGCAAGGCAACAACAACAACAACAACAACAAUCCCAACACGGAUUUUUUCAAUUCCUCUUCCCCAACAACAACACAUAUCCCUUCCACACAAUAUGGUGGUGGUCAUCACCAGUAUGAGCAUAUCAACAACAACAACAACACUGGUUCAUCAUCAUCAUCAUCUUACUCUAAUAAUAAUGGCGGUGGCAUGAUGGCCAACAUUAGCAGCAGCAGUGAUGGAGGUAGUGUUGGUGUUGGCAAUGGUAAUGGUGGCAACGGUGGCGGUGGAGACUAUAGCUCGCCAUUGAGCGAGUUUAGCGGCACAUUGGGAGUAUGUGGCAGUCCUCAGGACACUACCAACAACAUGGUAGUGCCACACCUUCUCUCGGCAUCAACCAACUCUACCACAUCAUCGACUGGUACAACCGUGUCAAAUGCCACCGACACUUCCAACUAUGUUACCAACUCUUCUCCAUUCCCAUCAGUUUACAAUAACACUAGUAACAACAAUACUGGUGGCAGCGGUACUAUUAUGGGUUCACCCAUUCAAACUACUUCUACUUCUGUAUUUCAGAGUUCAAUUCCACAAACAUCUCAACAACCACAACAAAGAAUUAAUGAUCAACAAUCCCAAUCACAACAACAAUCAUCACCACCACAACCACAACAACCACUACCACCACAACAACAACAAUCAACACUACCAUUACUUGACCAACCAAAUGUAUUCCAACCAGCCCCACCACAACACACAGCGGGUAGAGUGUCAUCGAUUUUGGGAUCAUUUGCUAGUUAUGGACCUUCGCCAGCACUGUUGAGUUCACAGUACCUUUUCCAAUGCACACCUACCUAUUAUGCAGCCAAGAAGAAUCAAAAGAUUGGUAUAUUCCUCUACCACAAGAACGACCUCAACUUUCUUCACACUCAACACCCCCAACUCCGUCUAAAGUUGACGUCUGUCGCACCCUAUUGGACACCGUCAUCAUUUACUCGGAAGGACAACAAAAAGAACAUUGAAAGUAUUGCUCCAACACAAUUUGAACAGAUUGAAGCCGUCAUGAAAAAGGGUGAAGUCUUGUUUGGACCGGUUCGUAUCCAAAAGACUGGUUACUACUUUUUAAAGUGUUAUGUUGAAUUACCUCCAUUCCCAUCGGAAGAGGAAUUACCAUUCAAAGAUUUUUCAUUCACAUUCAAGAUUUAUUUUUAUGGUAGUCCUUCUAAAAAGAAGAAUGGUUCAUCUUCAUCAUCAUCAACAUCAUCAACUGAAAGAGGUGAAUCAUCAAAUGGUAAUGGUGAUUCUGAUAGUGAUGAUGAAGGAAGUUCCAACAACAAUGAUAACAACAAUAAUAACAAUAACAAUAAUAUUAGUUCAACUGGUUCAAAGGAAAGACCAACUUCAAUAUCAAAUAUUCAUAUUAGACCAAAUGAGAAUUUAAUGAAUUAUAUUUCACAUCUUCAAGAGACUGGAGCAAGAUGGAGAGAUUUGGAGAAUGUCUUUGAUAUCUAUAUCAAAAAGUAUGAAAAGACACCAGAGAUUUUAUCAGAGCUAUUCUUUGAACAAGGUAUUGCCGCAACCUUUGUUGGUAAUCUUCAUGAAGCUCAACUUCAAAUGGAUAGAGGUUUGGAUACAUUUUAUACUCCUGAAAAUUUAUUUAAAAUUAGUUAUUUAAAAUCAGUUAUAUUUAGAAUUCAAAAAAAUUAUACAGCAUCUAAAUUACAUCUUGAUACAUGUGACUUUUUAUACAAGAAAAUAGAUUUGGGUAAUCUUCAUCAAGCUCAAUAUUAUUUUAACAAAGCUGCUCAUGAUUAUGAUUGUUUUGUUGCACAAAAAACCAAACAAAAUAAUUAUAUUAUGGUUCGUGAUCAAAUCAUUGAGAAAUUCAAACAAGCAGCCGAUUUCUAUAAAAAGGAUUAUGAAAGUUCAGAUCCAAACUCUACUACCAAUGCUAGAAGUAUCAAUGGAACAUACCGUGCCAAUAUUCGUAUCACUCAAACUAUUCUAGGUUCUUCCAAUCUAACAGAGGCUGAUUUAACCAGAGCUGAAUCUUAUCUUACAAUUAUUCCAAAUAUUCAAUCAUAUACAUUUACUCAACGUACACAAGUUCAUUUAUUGUUUACAUGGGCUGAUUUGAUGUUGUCAAAGUCGUAUCAAUUAUUUAGAUCCAAUCACCAACAAUCAUUCCACAUGUUGGCUCAAUCACUAGAGUAUAUCAACAAGUCGGCCAACUAUGCAAGCAAGUUGGGAUUCAACAAUGAGAUUAGAUACACCAACGAUCGUUACCAAAAACUCUUUUCAGUUGCUCCAAAAUCAUUUAUCAAUGCUCUCACUGGUGCUAAUCUCCUUGGCAAUCAAUCAAUGAUUACUUCUUCUAAUCCUUCUGUACCAGCAUCUGGAGCCCAAUUACCUUCUACCUCUAUCACCUCCACCACCUCUACUACUACCACAACAAAUCAAUCUCAGGCAUCAUCCAAUCAAAAUAAUUUAAUCACAACAAAUAACAGUCAAAAUAAUCAAAACAACAAUAAUAAUAAUAUUCAAAUGACAAGAGGAAAUAUAGAAUUUAAUCAACACCAACAACAACAACAACAACAACAACAACAGCUACAGCUACAACAACAACAUCAACAAGUAUAUACUAACAAUAAUAAUAAUAAUAAUAAUAUAAAUAUGAAUAUAAAUAAUAAUAAUAACAACAACAUGCUAAAUAAUAACAAGAUCAUCAUGACUAACAAUACUAAUAAUAAUAAUGGUAAUAGUGGAAAUAAUGGAAAUAUUAUUGUGAAUAACAACAGUGCCACCAAUAAUAAUAAUAAUAAUAAUAAUAAUGACAACGGAAAUAUUGCUAUACAGAACUCUUUAGUUGGAUUGCUUACAGGUGCCAUCCCAUUCAACCAAACACUUUUGAAUAAUUUAAUAUUAUUGCAUAGUUUAAGUCAAACUUUAAAUAAUAGUGGUGGUGGUGGUGGCGGUGUUGGAGCUGGUACACAGCAACAAGCUGGAGGUGCUUUAAAUCUAUUAUUAGGAGGAUUAUUAAAUACACCACUAUUGAAUAAUCCCCUUUUAAAUAAUUUAAUGCAACUUUCAAACAAUAAUAAUCAAGAUAGUAAUAUCAAUCUCUCAAAUAUCAAUCUUUUGACUGCCAACAACAACAACAACAAUCACCCAUCCUCCACCACCACUUCAUCCAUUCUAAACUCAUCACAUUCACCAAGUUUUCAUUUGACUGAAAAUCAACAACACCAACAACAACAUCAACAACACCAACAACAACAAGUACUUGUAAAUAAUAACAACACCAACAAUAAUCUUUUAUUUUUAAAUGGAUUACAACAACAACAACAACAGCAACAGCAACAACAACAACAAACAAUGAUGAAUAUUCAAUCCUACGCCAAUCAAGCCAAUCUUGACAUCUUACAAGAUUACCUUUGUUCUCAGUCACCUACACAAUCCAUCACCAAAAAUGAAAAUAACUAUAAAUAA